GAAACAUACAUAUUAUCUGUUACAAUGUCAGUGUGUUCACAUCGUGAACCAAGUUUCGCUGUGUGUUCCUGUGUGAUUGGUUUUUGAAUUUGUGGCGUAUAAAUCUAGUUUGUUUGGUGUACAUUUUUGCAUAGUCAUCUUCCCCUUCAGGGGAGGAUGUAAAAACACUUCUCUAAUUACAAACUCUGGAUAGAUGCAAAUCAUCAUAGUCCAGGUCAGACAUUUUAAGGAACAUGAAGAUUAAAAAAAAAAAACAAAAAUAAAAAAAAAUUUGUUACCUUAUUUCACACCUAUGUUCUCUACAGUAGUACUGUAGUCCAUUUGUAACACAUUUACUGAUUUGACCUACCAAUGCGAGGAAGUUAAAUAUAGCGGAUGAGCAAGAGGGUGUGUGUGUUUGAGAACUUUGAAUCCUGUCUCAUAAAGUCGAGAUAUAUAACUGUUCUUUAUUGACCAAGCCUUAGGCACACACCUGAUAAGCACAUGGAAGUGAACAAUAGACAGCUGCCUGCCCCCCAUGCCCUAAGUCCAUAUAAGUCACAUAGCUGCAUAUUAAAGAUUUGACUAUUGGUCAUUUGAGGAAAAAGGUGUGGUGGCAGCAACAAGGAAGUGGCUAGAGGUUCUACAUUCAACUGACUUUCUGUUUGCCAAAGACACUGGGGCAGCACUAACAGCAUGAAGUGCUGGUGAAGAAGUAAAUGUCUACCCACACCCACAGAGAACUGACUGCAGGAUCACGACCAUCAUGGUUACACUGGACUUCAGGACGCUGACGACGCCCGUGGGCAUUGUCCGGAUACUGGAGGUGAUCUUCACUUGUGUCUCCUUCAGCCUAGGGGCAGCUGCAGGCCACAGAAGUGAAUCCUUCUGGACAUGGUGUAUGUUCACAUGGUGUUUUUGCUUCUGCGUCACAAUACUCAUUCUCCUCCUGGAAUUCAUCAGCCUCAGCGCUAAGCUGCCCAUCUCCUGGAAUGACUUCACUACUGCUUUUGCCAUGUUAGCUACUUUAAUGGUGCUGGCAACAUUCGUCAUCUAUCCCAUCUUCUACAGUUGCCGUACCUGCAGCAAAGAGAUUAUUGCCACUGUUAUUUCCAUUCUGGCCUUCGCCUCGUAUGCCGCUGAGGUUGUGCUGACCCGGGCUAAACCUGGCGAGAUCAGCGGUUUUCUGUCCACAGUCCCAGGCCUCCUCAAAGUUCUGGAGGCCUUCGUGGCCUGCAUCAUCUUCAUCUGCUUGGAAGGCAUCCACUACCAUAACUUUCCAGGGCUCCAGUGGUGUGUCGCUGUCUACUCCAUUUGCUUCAUUUUUGCUCUCAUUGUCAUCAUUUUUACCAUCUGUCGGCUUCUAGCUCUCUUCCCCACACCGUUUGAUAAAGUCCUGACGGUCUGCAAUGUGUUGGCAGUGUUGAUGUACAUCACAGCUGUGGUCAUCUGGCCGUUUUACAGCUUCCAGAACAACCCGAGGCCCAGUAACUGCCCCCAAGGGUGUGUAUGGGACAACUUAGUGGUGAUCUCUUUCAUGACCUGUUUCAAUCUUGUUGCUUACAUUGUGGACACUGUUUAUUCCUUUAGGCUGGUCUUCUUUGUCAGCAGAACGUAGCUUGUGAAUGUGUCUCAAAUUCCAGGAAAUCUUGACCUCACUUGAACUGGAAUAAUGCUAUGUACUGUAAUGUGUCCUUUGUACAACAUUGGUAAGGCAUUGUUAAGCACUCUGAUUUGUUGUGGGGUCUUUUUUUCUUUGAACUUUUAUCUGUCAAGAUGAUGAUAGAUUCCCUGAGGACAUGAAACAACAGCCUAAGUUUUAACUUCAGGCAGAUGUAAUCCCAAUCUUUUCCGAUGUACUUCCCCUUCUUUAUUUUGAUAUGACAUUGAUAUGUGUUUUCAUGUUUCAGUUGUAAGCUUAUGUAGCGCAUAAUCUUGUUUGACCUCAGCAUGUAAAUUAUGAAUAAAAUGUGACAAAAGUGUGGAGUUAUUGCAAGUGCUUACAAUAACAUGGUCUCACUAUUUUUUGGUUACUCUUGCACCACAAAUUACAGUCACGAAUGACUGAAUGAAUAGUAGAAGCUUAAUAGGGUUAAUGAUUAAAAAAAUGUGUUAAAUUGUUUAAGAGGUACAGUGGAGCCCAUCCUGUUUGUAAAGGUGUGUCAUUGUGUGCAUACUGUGAAUGAUACAGCAGCUAUAGUUUUCACUACUCCACUUCUUUAGCACUUUCAAUUGAGUGAACUUUGGUCAAACGAAACAAGACAUCUGAAGACAUUUCCUUGGACUUCUUCCAUUUUUGUAUAUUUUAUAGAUUCCACAACUACCCAGUACUAUUUUAAAAAGUUUAAUGUUUCAGCAAACCUUAUUUAUGUGUUGUUGAAUUUAAUGAUGAAAGUAAAAAAAAAAAUCAGAGUAACGAUGGUUUGCAUUUGUGUAUGUUUAGCCAUAUUUUAUGUUUAGCUUUAAAAGCAAAUACGUUAUUGGUCUGGAAUCAAAGCGUGGUUUACUUAUCUCAGUGAUAUCAGUGAGUUACAUAACCUUUGACCAGUCCAGGCCUUACUGCUCUCCACAAAGUCAAAAUGGAAAGAACAAAGAAGUCUGGAACGAAUAUUUUUGUCUUUUAUCAUGAUCUUUUAAAAUGAGAUGUACAAAAAGGGUGUUUUCAUGAUACAUAAAUUUUCCUUUUGCUUGCCUGAAAUAAAAAUAUGAUUUACA